CUCUUUAAAAUCAACAGGUCACCUUACUCCGUGGAGGCAUCCCCAGGUCGACCCCUUUGUGCUUAGCACUCCGUUUGGUGUCCAGAUGCCUUUUGGGGACCAAUCGGCAAGUCAGGGAUAGACACUCCCCAAGGCUCCAGAUGACCACUCCUGUUUAACUCCGCCCCACGGAGAGAAGCGAGGUAGGGGGCGGGGUUGGAGGUUAGGGUCGGCAGGAUUGGUGAGUAUCCUAGCCCUUCUGGUCAGUCCCCCACCUGCCACCCUCUAAUGUGUGCCAGCCAACGAUGCUGCUGCUGCUGCUGCUGCUGUUCCUGCUAGGACCUGGACCUCAACUCAGCGAGGCAACCAGAAGGUCACACGUGUACAAGCGUGGUCUCCUGGAACUGGCAGGGACCUUGGAUUGUGUUGGUCCUCGAUCACCGAUGGCCUAUGUGAACUAUGGCUGUUAUUGUGGCCUGGGUGGCCAUGGAGAGCCACGUGAUGCCAUUGACUGGUGCUGCCAGCAGCAUGAUUGCUGCUACUCUCGAGCUCAGGAAGCUGGCUGCAGUCCCAAAAUAGACCGCUAUGUGUGGAAAUGCAUUGACCACCGCAUCCAGUGUGGACCCACAGAGAACAAAUGCCAAGAAGUCCUGUGCAGGUGUGAUGAGGAGCUUGCAUACUGCCUCGCUGGGACAGAGUACCACCUGAAAUACCUCUUCUACCCCUCGCUUUUAUGUGGAAAGGACUCACCCAAGUGCCACUGACAGGCUGGUCUUAAAAUGUUCGUUUGCCCACGGAAAUGAAGUUCACUUUCAGUAAUGAACAACAGCAUUCAAUUUCUGCAGGAGGUAGUGGAAGCCAAGUGAUAAAGCCUCAUGUUUGUUCUCUCCCUCCAUUCAGGAACUCAGGAGUGUGAGCCUGUGGAGCUGUAGUUAGAUAAGAGCUGAAAGUCUUGGUCUGUUUCAAACAACUCCCAUUGUGCUGGGCCGGGAUUAGUUUUGAUGCUCAACUUUUAUGAAGCAGCAUGCUAUCUUCUAAUCACUGUUGAUGGCUGGUGGUCAAGUGGGGAUGAGCUCCUGCUUGAGGCUUGGCUGUAAUAAGAUUGCUGCAUGGGACACCUAGGAAUUGUUACUGUAAUAAAAACAUUACAGCCGGGCAGUGGUGGCGCACGCCUUUAAUCCCAGCACUUGGGAGGCAGAGGCAGGCGGAUCUCUGUGAGUUCGAGGCCAGCCUGGUCUACAAAGGGAGUUCCAGGACAGGCUCCAAAGCUACAGAGAAACCCUGUCUUGAAAAACCAAAAAAAAAAAAAAAAAAAAAAUACAGUAUUUAUUUUCUCUGUCAUUUCCUAAAAGCUGGGUGUGGUGGCACACACCUGCCGUAUUCUGAUGGAGGCUGUGGCUGGAAGGUCACUUCAGCCCAGGAAUCUGACAGAAGAACCUGUUUCUAAAAGAAGAAGAAAACCAUUUCCUGGGUCGGUGGCACCAUUGUGUAUUCAGGCAUUUGUACGGCAUGUCAGAGAUUCUGAGUUUGAUUUCCAACAUCUCAAGAAAAAAUUCAAAAAAAAAAAAAAAAAAAAGAAAAUGUAGAGCAAGCUAUAAAGUCUAAAAAGUGAAUGAGCCAGGCGGUGGUGGCGCAUGCCUUUAAUCCCAGCACUCGGGAGGCAGAGGCAGGCGGAUCUCUGUGAGUUCGAGACCAGCCUGGUCUACAAGAGCUAGUUCUGGGACUGGGACCAAAGCUACAGAGAAACCCUGUCUCGAAAAAAACCAAUAAAUAAAUAAAUAAAUAAAUAAAUAAAUAAAUAAAUAAAUAAAUAAAAUAAAAAGUGAAAUCACAGGCCAGAAGAAGAAUGCUCAGUAGUUCACAGUACUUCCUGCACAUUUAGGGGACCUGAGUUUGGCUCCCAGCAUGCAUACAGUUUAGCUCAACUGUUUUAACUGUGGCUCCAGAGAAACUGACACAUCUGGCUUCUGCAGGUACCUGCCCUCACAUUCUCUCACACACACUAAUUAAAAAUAUUUUUUUUUAAAGACAGCAUUCCAAACCUUUGGAAUACAAGAUGGGAGCUUUUGCUCUUUGCCUGCUUACCCUCAUUCCAGAUGGCAAAGUCUAUUUCUUCACUGGCUUUAGAGCGUACUUCUUUGGGGUUCCAGUGUCUACUGAAGAUCAGUCAAGACACUCAGCCUCAAUGACUGAGCAACUGAUUACUGGGUUCUUGGACUGUCCACACAUAGAGUUAUUGCGUAUAAAUCAUCCCAAUAAAUCCCUUUCUAUAUACAGAAUUCUGUUCCUCUAGAGAACCCCGACUAAUACAGAUUUUGGUACCAGAAGAGGUUCUAGAGCAACAGAGGUAUAAGGAUGAAUCUUUGAGAUUCUGGAAUAGACUUCAAUUUACCAACACCUACAGUUCCUGUAGCCUCUGCUGUUACUGAAGCCUUUCCUGGGAAUUCAGAGAGUACUGACAGCCCAUGCUGUGAGCAGCAGUGGGAUUGGUGGUGGCUGUAAGAGCUGCCCUUUUUCCUAUAUUGACCCUGAAUGUCUAAGAGCAUGGGAGAUCUUUCCAUUUUCAGGUUCUUCCUCAAUCCCUUCAAAGACUUCAAGUUCUUGUCAUACAGGUUUUCACUUCUUUGGUCAGAAGUACCCCAAGAUAUUUUAUAUUAUUUGUGGUUACUGUGAAGGGUGAUGUUUUUCUAAUUUCUUUCUUAGCCCGUUCAUCAUCUGUAUAAAGGAGGGUUACUGAUUUUCUUUUUCUUUCUUUUCUCUCUCUCUCUCUCUUUUUAAAUGUUAGGAUUUUUAUUUAGACCUUUGUGCCUUUAUAAGAUACAUUUCAUUUGCCUAUUGAUUUUUAUUGUGGUAGACGUAAUCUUAGUGGCUUUUAUUUACGACAACUUGCAGUUUCUCUCAGGGUCAUUACUAAAUUUUUUUAAAGAUUUGUUUAUUUACUAUGUAUACAGUAGUUUGCCUGCAAGUAUGCCUGCAGGCCAGAAGAGGGCACCAUAUCUCAUUACAGAUGGUUGUGAGCCACCAUGUGGUUCCUGGGAAUUGAACUCAGGACCUUUGGAAGGCCGGUGCUCUUAACCACUGAGCCAUCUCUCCAGCCCUCUCUCUUUCUCUUUGUUAAUCUUGUAUUCUGCUUCAUUACUGAAGGUGUUUAUGAAUUCUAGGAGUUCCCUGGUAGAAUUUUUGAGGUUACUUAUGUAAACUAUCAUAUCAUCAGCAAAUAGUGAGUUGGACUUUUCUGAUUUGUAUCCCUUUGAUCUUCUUUUGUUGUUUUAUUACUCUUGCCAGGACCUCGAGUACUAUAUUGAAUAGAUGUGGAGAAGGUGGACAACCUUGUCUUGUUCCUGAUUUCAGUGGGAUCACUGUUUCUCUCCAUUUAGUUUGAUGUUGGCUUGCUGUAUAUUGCCUUUAUUAUGUUUAGGUAUAUUCCUUCUAUUCCUGUUCUCUCCAAGACUUAUCAUGAAAGGGUGUUGAGUUUUGUCAAAGUUUUUUUCUUUUUCUUUUUUUUUUUCUGCAUGUAAUGAGAUGAUCAUGUGGUUUUAUCUUUCAGUUUGUUUAUAUGAUAAAUUGACAGAUUUUUGUAUGUUGAACCAUCUCUGGGAUGAAGCCUACUUGGUCAUGGUGGAUGAGUUUUCUGAUGUGUUCUUGGAUUUGGUUCUUGGAUACAGUUGGCCAGUAUCUUAUUAUUUUUGCAUUAAUGUUCAUAUGUGGGACUGGUUUGUAACUCUCUUUCUUAGUAGUGUCUUUGUGUUAUUUAGGGAUCAGGGUAACUGUAGCAUUGUAAAAGUUUGCCAGUGUUCCUUCUAUUUCUAUUGUGUAGAACAAUUUGAGGACUAUUGGUAUUAGUUCUUUGAAAAUCCUGUAGAAUUCUACGCUGAAACCAUCUGGUUCUGGCUUUUUUGGUUGAGAGACUUUUGAUGACUGUUUCUAUUUCUUUAGCAGUUAUAGGUCUAUUUAAUUUGCUCAUCCGGUCUUGAUUUAAAUUUGUUAAGUGAUAUUUAUUCAGAAAAAUUUCCAUUUCCUUUAAGUUUUCCAAUUUUGUGGAGUACAGGUUUUUGAAGUAUGACCUGAUGAUUCUCUGGAUUUCCUGUGUCUGUUGUUAUGUCCCCCUUUUCAUUUUUGAUUUUGUUAAUUUGGAUAUUCUUUCUCUUCUUUUGGUUAAUUUGGUUGAUUUUCCCAAAGAACCAAUUCUUUGUUCAUUGAUUCCUUGUAUGUUACUUGGCCUUUUUCCUUUGCAGCUCUUAAUAGCUUUUCUUUGUUCUGUAUGUUUAGUGUUUUGGUUAUUAUUUGACAAGGAGACUUUUUUUUAUGUUCUGUAAGCUUCUUGUAUUUCCAUAGGCGUGUUCUUCUUUAGGUUGGGCAAGUUUUCUUCUAUGAUUUUGUUAAAUGUUUUCUGUUCCUUUGAGUUGGACAACUUCUCCUUAUUCUAUCCUUAUUAUUCUUAGGUUUGGCCUUUCCAUGGAUACUUUGUGUUAAGCUCUUGUUAGAUUUAACAUUUUCUUUGACUGAUGAAUCUGUUUCCUCUAUCCUAUCUUCAACACCUGAGAUUCUCUCUCCCAUCUUUUGUAUUCUGUUGUUUAUGCUUGCAUUUAUGGUUCCUGAUCAUUUACCCAUAUUUUCCAUUUCCAGAAUUCCCUCGGUUUGUGUUUCCUUUAUUGUCUCUAUUUCGGUUUUCAAGUCUCGAAUCAUUUCUUUCAUCUGUUUGAUUGCUUUUUCUUGGUUUUCUAUAAAAGUUUUGUUGACUUCUUCCAAUUUUUUGUCUUUUCCUCUAAUUGUUUCAGGGAAUUUUUCAUUUCCUCUUUAAGGGGCUCAAACAUUUUGCUAAAUAUUUUUAAGGUCAUUUUCUUCUGCUUCAUCUGUGUUGGGAUGUUCAAGUUUUGCUGUUGUAUAGCCAUUAAUUUUUGAUGGGUCUGUGUUUCCCUUUGUGUUUUUGAGUAUGUUCUUACCUGGUCUAUCAUCUUUUCCUCCAAUUGGGAUAGCUGGGAUGUGUCUUCAGUGGUCACUCCUGCAGGUGACAGUGGGUCCAAGGCUCAUAUGGUGGCUCCUCCAGUUGCACGGUGCUCUCAGAAGUCUCUCUGUGCUCCCGGAGGUCGCUUGGCACUCCUUGAGGUUGCUGAGGCAUUCUUGCCUACUCCAAGGUAGUUUUUUUUUU